AUGUCCACUGUUGCCAUGCGGAAGCUGAGCCAGAUGGCAAGCCGUGGUACAGCGACAUCAAAAUGUAUUUGGAAGGACGAGGAUACCCCAAAGGCAUCACAAACGGACAGAAGAAGACCAUCUGAAGAAUGGCAAACGAUCCAUGGAGAUCUGAUCAAAGUCCCUCCAAGUGAGCUUAAUGCUAUGAGCUCACCAUGGCCUUUCAUCGCUUGGGGCAUGGAUGUUAUUGGACCCAUUGAACCCGCAGCCUCAAAUGGCCACCGGUUCAUUUUGGUUGCCAUUGGCGUUUUCACCAAAUGGGUGGAAGCAACGAAACGCUCAGCUAAAGAAGGUCCAGACCACUGUGAGAUCCGGCAUCCGGAGCAUAUGUCUAACCACGAGGGCUAUGAAAGGUUGGUUGUUACAAGAACCUUGGCUAAAAGUGAUGUCUUUGAGAAUUUCAAAAACUGGAAGAUAUUAAUUGAAAAUCAGUGUGACAGAAAGAUUAAAUGUCUUCAAACAAAUAAUGGCUUGGAGUUUUGCAAUGAAGAGUUUGACAAUUUCUGCAAGAUUCAUGGUGUAUUGAGAUAUAGAACUGUUAGGCAUACACCACAACAAAAUAGAGUAGCUGAAAGGAUGAACCACACUCUUCUUGAGAAAGCACGAUGUAUGCUCUCUAAUGCCAAGGUGCCUAAGGAGUUCUGGGUGGAAGUAGUAAAUACUGCUUGUUAUGUUGUUAAUCAUUCUUCAGCGUCGGCAAUUGACUUCAAAACUCCAAAUGAGGUAUGGUCAGAUGUUACUUUUGAUAAGGCCUCUAUGCUUGAUCCUGGAAAGACUUCUAUUGAGUUUACAGGACAGAAAGUUCUUACAACAGAAACGGCGGAGGAAAAUAUGAAACUUACCGAACAAAAGGAUCAAGUGACUCAGGUGGAGUCAGAUAAUGAAAAAGCUCACACAGUAGUACCUGAAGGUGAACCAUACAGUAUAGCUACUGGAAGGGACAAACGAACUUCGAAGCUUAAUCUAAAAUAUUACCCUCAGCCUUCACAAGCUAAUCUUGUGGCCUAUGCAUUAGCUACUGCCGAGGAGGAAAUAAAGGAUCUAGAACUCUUAAGUUAUACAAAAGCUACUAUGUGUGGUGAAGAUGAUCAAUGGAGUUUAGCCAUGACUGAAGAGAUAAAAAAGGAUAGCAUUCCGGGUGUAGAAGAUACUAGAUACAAAGCGAGAUUGGUUGCUAAGGGAUUUUGUCAGAAGGAGGGAAUCGACUACAAUGAGAUUUUCUCACCAGUCGUGAAGCAUAGCUCAGUUCGUUUGUUUCUAGCUUUGGCUGCCUAUUAUGACUUGAAGCUUCAUCAGCUUGAUGUCAAGACUGUAUUCUUACAUGGUGAACUUGAAGAGGUGAUCUUCAUGAAUCAGCCCGAGGGUUUCCUUAUUGAAGGAAAAGAAGACCAAGUUUGUCAAUUGAAUAAAUCUCUGUAUGGUUUGAAACAGUCACCACGAUAG